CAUCAGUCUGGGACGGUUCACCCUUUCUGUUGGUCGGAUCACGUGCAUCGGGCGGCUCUGAAGUAUUAAAGUAAGCUGCAGCGUCAGAUAAAGUCCAUUUGGAAAAUCAAAAGCUUGGUAUCUGGACAUUCCCGAAUAGAGAACCCCCCCUCAACGAUUAAAGCAAUGUAAAAUCCAUCACACAAAGCCGGAGUUUGCAUUUGUGUGGAGCUGGGAUCAGAUGGUUUUACAGACCUGCCUUUAUUUCUUCGGCUUCAACCUCCCUCUCCUUGCAAGAUAGAACCCCAAGCUCUUUGGGCGAGGUUUAUUUUUUUACACCGUCAAGUAUUGUAUUAAAAACAAAAUCUCAACAACGUUUUGGAGAGUUCAAACCGCUGCAUCAAAGGUCUGAAAACUGAAACAAGGCACCUAGCCCCGCUUGUUUAAAUCGCUUGGAUUUCGCUUGAAAGUGUCUCAUUUGCGGAUUAUCAAACAUAAUUGAAAUAUCCGGAUCGCAGCGGCAACACAGCCAGUAGGAAGCAUGUCAGCGCAGGCCGGCUGGCUGCUGCCACUGUCCCUGCUGCUGCUGACAGUGUUGGUCCGAGGGACCCUGGCGUUCUCGGUGCCCAUCGUAUGUGAGACUAACGGCAGCGUGUACUAUGUGGGCGAGUGGUACUACCUGGACACGGACCAUUGCACGCAGUGUGAGUGCACCGCCGGUGGACCCGUGUGUGGCCGCACCGACUGCCCGACCCUGCCGCCGCCUUGUAUCCAUGUCAGCUACUACCCGAACGAUUGCUGCCCCCGCUGUGAGAAGAUCGGCUGCGAACACCGGGGCCAGGUCUAUGAGCUCGGCCAGCAGUUCCAGCCAUCAGAGUGUGAACAAUGUACCUGUGAUAUGGAUGGGAGAGCAAGCUGCCUGGUCGCCGAUUGUGCUCCACCUUUGUGCGUUAAUCCAAUUUAUGCGAAAGGAAAGUGUUGCCCUGAGUGCAAGGAUGGUCCAAAUUGUUACAGCGACUUCACCAAAAGUCAAGUGAUCCCAGGAGGGAGCACCAUGUGGGUUGACAAGUGCACCUACUGCCACUGCCACGACGGACAAGAUGCCGGAUACUGGGAAGGCAAUCUUAUCGCCAAGUGCGUGAAGGUUCAACAUUGCACUCUAAAUGAUGAUCGCAGUCACUAGCCGUGAGAUUGUAGCAACACUUCUCUGAUGCAUAUCGCUGGGCAAUCUAUUUGGAUGUCAGAUAUACAGUGACCCUAUUAUGAUACAGCUUUGAAAUAGCUACGCACAGCAAUCGUUUUUUUCACGACAACACUUUCAUUUAUUACACCAUUUCAUUAUUCUUUGUGCUUUUUAAAUGCUAUUUUCCGAAUUGGCACGUAUAUGUAUUGUGCAUCACACUGGUUGUGAUAGUGGCAGACGACAAAUGUUUUGUUGAAUGUAAAAUUAAAAGAACAAACCUUCUGAAUGGAAUGCAUUAGACGUAAUAUGAAAUGUUCCUUGGAAAAAGGCCUGUUGUUUGAAAAGCAUUACAAUAACAAACUUCUGCCGCUUCUUCAUGUUAUCCGUGGCCUUGUCCGCUCCCUGCUCCACUGUCGUUGUCUCCUCCUCUUCCCCGCAGUCUCUGACAUACUCCACCUUGGAAGAUGUCAGUGACUAUGGGGGAGGAGGAGGAGGAGGAGGAGGAGGAGGGGGAAGAGGCGGCGGUGGAUGGGGCAGCAGUGGAGUGGACAAAGUUACAGGGGAAGGAGGAGGUGGUGGUGGAGAGGGAGCAGACAAAGCGAUGGCCGACAGGAGGAAGUGGCAGCUGCUGAGUGGACAGUGGCCGAGCGAGUCCUGUUGGUGGCAGCAUCCUGAAGAAAGUACUGUUGGCCAUGGUCUACCACAUGAGCCGCAACACCAACCGUGUCAACCGGACCAUGUGGCAGCUCGGGAAGAAGGACUUGCUGCUGCAGCAUCACAAAGUGCUGGAUCAGUCUGAAGAAGGGUCCUGACCCGAAACAUCACCUAUCCACGUUCUACAGAGAUGCAGCCUGAUCUGCUGAGUUACACUAACACUUUGUGUCCUUUUGUGUGUUAACCAGCAUCUGCAAUUCUUUGUUUCUAGUACAUGCAAUGAUAAUACCUACUUUGGUUAUAGCAGACAAUCUGCAAUAACAGACACCAUGCUCUGUUAUAACGAGGGUUUACUGUAUUUAAGAGGCCCUGUUCAUAAGAUUGUAGCUUUUCCCUACUACUUAUGUUCAGAUUGACUGUUCUGUGUUUCCCUGUUUUAUUUUCCCCUUCUAGAAUAUUGGAUUUACAUUUGUCAUUUUCCUAUUUGUAGGAAAUGUUCUAAAAUCUGUAGAAUUCUGAAAAAUAACAUCUAGUGUAAUCUCCAUAGGUGCAUUUUUUUCAUCUUUGUAAUGCACGUCAUGAGAUCCCAAUAAUUAUUUACUUCUAGUCUCAUUACUUUGUCCAAUAUCUUGUUGUCACCAAUGCAGGUUUCUUUUAGCUUCUGAUUCUCUCGACCGUAUGCUCACCAUUGUUUCCAGUAUAUUUUCCAAAAAUCUUCUUUUGUGAAAGCAGAUACAAAAUACUUAAUUUCCCUGGCAUUUCCUCAUUACCCAAUGUUUUUUUUCCAGUCUAGGCCUGUAAGGCACGCAUAGUAACUUCCAGUAAUCUUUUCCAUUUUACUAUCUAUUCUGAUUAAUUUUUACUUUCCCUUUGCUUAUCAAUGCUGUAGUAUUCCAUGGCUGAAUUCUGAAAUAUUCUCAAUUAUAAGGCUUUUCCACUUUUUGAAAACAUUAUGCAAACAGGUUUUUUUACAUUUAAGUAAAUACCGAAAAUGUGGGAAAUACUCAGCAGGUCAGACAGUCUCUUGGAGAUAAAUUGAGUCUAAGGUUCUCACUUAACGACAUGGAGCUGGAUGUGAACCCAUAAUGUCUGACUCACAGGGAGCUACUUUUGAGCAAAGAUUGCAAUACUGGAGGUUAAGCCACUUAUUUGUUUGAAUCGGGAAUGGAGCCACUAAGAGUAGCAGGAUUGGAGGCAGAAGAGACUGUAAAUGCAGGCAUCUUGAGCAUGGCACAGGGUUGCACAGAGACCCUGGUUUGAUCCUGUCUGCAGGUGCUGUCUGUACAGAGUUUAUACGUCGUUCCUGUGACCACGUGAGUUUUCUCUGGAUGCUCCAGUUUCCUCCCACUCUCCAAAAACGUAUAGGUUUCUAGAUUAAUUGGCUUUGGUAAAAUUGUAAAUUGUCCCUAUUGUAUAUGAUAGUGCUGGUGUUGAGGGUCAGUAUGGACUCGAUGGGCCGAAGAGCAUUUUUCCACACUGUAUCUCUAAAGUCUAAAGUAUAAAUCUUGACCAAAAAGGAAAAUCCUGGAAGAACUCAGCAGGUCAGGCAGCAUCUGUGAAGGGAAUGAAUGAAUAACUUUUUUGGCCGGGAUCCUUCUUCAGACUAAUUGUAGCAGAUGUAUUUCCUUCUGACUAUUAAAUGUGUUUCCAGUAUUGCCAGAUAUUGAUUAAGAGCGUAAUGCAGUAAGUUACGUUGCAGCUCCUGCUCCAAAGAGUUGUUGAAAAGCCAAUGUUUUUACCACUUUGGUAGGAAGAACAAAAAUAAUAGCGGCCUUCAAAGAUUAUUUACCUACUGAAUAAAUGUCUUUAGCACAUUUACUGAAACUUGAUACAGUCAUAACUGUGGUCUGCCCAUUGGAGAGGAUGGUGGGAGUAACUACUUUUAAGUAUUUACCGGUUUUAUUAAUGUUUUUGGCUCUUUCCCUUUGCUUAAUAACUGGGGUUUUGGACAUUUCAAUUUGGAUUGUUAGCAGUUAUUCUUUCUGGAAACUUGCCAUUUAAAAAAAUGUUGGAGUAUUGUCCAUCUGCACCUUAAUCCAACAUGUGAAAUGGGAGACCCCGAACAAAGCAGCCCUUGCUUAUAUUCCGAGAGUUGCAAUCCAUAGUUUUCUUACAAAAGUGGUGUGGGUUUAUUCUGCAAGUUAUAGUUUAUUUUUUGAUUAAACAACUUUGAUCAGUGUUGGUUGCAGCUGAAUUGUUGCCAAAAUUCCAUGAAGUAAGCAUCCAAAAAACUAAAUCAUUAUAGAGAAAUCUGGUUGGAAAGAUUUCAAAGGACGAGAAAAGUCUUCCAGAGAAUAGUCAAAUUACUUUAUUCAUUGUAAUGUUUUUGUUUGUGUAUCGUGUUAAAAACACAUUAUACCCUGAGGAUACUUAUUAAAUAAGAUGGUUGUCAAAAUGGUUGUAUUCAUUGGCUUUACUUAUGGGUAAUUUUAUUUGAUGGGUUCUUAUUGGUUCAUUGUUAUGUCCCUUGUCCAGUAUUUGUUUUUGUUGUUCUGUUUUAUAAAUUAUAUUUGAAGCAA